GGCUCCUCCUCCCGCCUGCCUGGCGAGUGUCUCUUUUGUCUCUGUCACAAGCUGCGAAUAAAGUUGUUGUGCCGCCGCUGCGGGCCCCUCCCUUCCCCCUCCCCACAGGCAGGCGGGCGGGCAGGCGAAGCAAAGCAAACAUGGCGGCAGUGACGGUGGCGGUUGCGCUGGCAGUGGCCGGUAGAGAGGGCGGCAGCGCAGCCGCCGCCGCCUCCUCAACAGCCGCAGCGGGCUUGAGGAGAGCGGCCGAGUGAGCGCAGCGGCGCGCCCAGCGGCAUCUCCGCCUCGCCCCCAGCCCCAGCGACCCUUCCUGCCUGCCCUGGUCGUGAUGGAGGCGGUGGGAGCCGGGGAGGAGGGCGAAGAGCCCCCGAAGACAGUCCGGAUUCUCGGCUCGGAGCUGGUGGAGACCUACACGGAUGAAGUGAUAAGAGACGUUUGCAUCACAUCAGCUUAAUUGUGGCAAUUAUACCCCAGUCCAAAAGACACUGCAAAGAAAUGGGCCUCAUUGACUUAAGCAUAUAUCAUUCAAGUGAGUGUUGGGAGCCAUCACUGGGUAGUCAAACAUCGAUACAGUGACUUUCAUGACCUGCACGAAAAGCUUGUUUCAGAGAAGAAGAUUGAUAAGAAUCUGCUGCCUCCUAAGAAGAUGAUUGGCAAGAAUUCCAAAAGCUUGGUAGAAAAAAGACAAAAAGAACUAGAAGUCUAUUUACAAACUCUUAUUGGCAAAUUUCCUUUAGCUGCACCCAAAGUAUUGUCACACUUCUUACAUUUUCACUUAUACGAAAUCAUCGGGAUCACAGCUGCAUUAGCUGAAGAACUCUUUCACAAAGGAGAGCAGUUGCUUAUGGCUGGUGAGGUCUUUAACAUUAGACCUUUGCAGUUAUAUGCUGUUACUCAACAGCUGUGUCAGGGAAAACCUACGUGUGCAAAUGGAGAUGCCAAAACGGAUCUAGGUCACAUCCUGGAUUUCACAUGUAGACUCAAAUAUUUAAAGAUAACUGGCACAGGUGGACCUUUUGGAACCAGUAAUAUUCAGGAACAUCUUUUGCCAUUUGACUUAUCAAUAUUUAAAUCUCUUCAUCAAAUACAGAUAAAUCACUGUGGUGCAAAACUUAUUAAAGGACUGACGUCCUCAAAGCACACUUUAGCAACGCUGAGUGUUCAGUUUUCAGCAACCUCAAUGAUGGAGGUUCUAGUACCUGAGGCCUAUGAAUUUGAUGAGUGGGAGCCAGAGGGCGCACCUUCAAGUUGCCCGGUAACAGCAGUUAUUCCAACAUGGAGAACUUUAACCACCUUAGAUAUGAGUCACAAUAGCAUCACUCAAAUUGAUGAUUCUGUGAAACUGAUGCCGAAGAUAGAGUUCCUGGAUUUGAGCCACAAUGAUGUACCACUAGUGGAGAAUUUACAGCACCUCUACAACCUCAUUCAUCUGGAUCUGUCUUAUAAUAAACUUGAAACAUUAGAAGGCAUUCACACAAAAAUUGGGAACAUCAAAACUCUUAAUUUAGCAGGGAAUCAUCUGGAAAGGCUUUGUGGCCUCAACAAACUCUAUUCCUUGGUCAACCUGGAUCUUAGCAACAACAAAGUAGAACAGAUUGAUGAAAUAAGGAACUUAGGAGGCCUUCCAUGCUUGGAAAAGGUUGCCUUAUCCAACAAUCCUUUGAGUAUUAUUCCCGAUUACAGGACCAAGGUGCUAGCUCAAUUUGGGGACAGAGCCUCAGAGGUCUGUUUGGAUAGUACUGCAACCACUGAAAAGGAACUUGAUACUGUAGAAGUGUUAAAGGCUAUCCAAAAAGCCAAAGACGUAAAGUACCGAAUGAAUAACUCUGAUAAAAAGAUCACUGAAGAGCCCAAGCUUUCUGCUGCCAGUUCAAAAUCAAACUGUUCUUCUCUUACUGUACAUCCUUCCUCUCCUUCUCUGCCUCGUCCUGUCAGCUCCAGUCAAGAAAUAACUUGUAGAAAAACAGCCCCAGUCAGCAGUUUCUCAUCAAGUAGUUUGACUCCUAAAAGCCAUACAGUUACCAAAAGAUGCUCUGAAACACCAGACUUGGGAAGCGGAAGUCAGGUGCCUGCUUCACGAUUGAAUUUUUCUAAAAAGUAUGAAAAUUCACAUCACAUGUGCUUGCAUAAUUCAGAGGAAGAAUCUGAUGCCUUUGCAGGCCCUUUUUGUACUGUCAUCUUGCCUUUCACUUGUAUGUCGUACACUGCCACAAAUCAGGACUUUGUGCAACACCUCUCUUCCUUGAUAGCAGAGGCUGUGGAAAGUGUGCACCCUUUCUCAGUGGAAACUCAGCACACAGGGAACCUUACAAGCAAUUCCAGACUUGCUGAUUCUGAAGAUGGCUACUUUGAGAUGGGACUUCAUGAGGGAGACCAUGGUUUUGAGUUCACCCCUACUUCAAAUAUUGUUCCAACAACUUCUGAUAGCACAAAAGCAGAAGAGGGAGACAUAGUCAAAGUUCUCUGGAGUUUUUCUAUUCAGGUUCAUAAAGGACUCAGGCAGUUUGCUUCCUGCUUGGUCUUGACUAGCAGUGUCAUAGCUGUCUUUGAGAUUCCUCAAGAUUCCAAAGGAAACUGCCAACAUAUUCUUUCUGCCUUGAAACUAGCACUGUGCUUUCCAUAUUCUGACCUUACGGAAUUUGGCUUUUUAAUACCAGAAAUAUGCUUGACACUCAAAGUAAAUAACGGCGACUCCUGUUUGUUUGUGGUUUCGGACCCUCAGAAUCUGCAAGAUUUCUACUCCUGUUUACAUAGGUGUUGCUCUCAGUGCUGCAUGCCUGCUUUAGCAACUUCUGUACUGUAUUGUGGCAAAGCAAGUUUGCAAGAAUUUGUCUACCAGCUGAUGGGGUUUUAUCACAUUUCAUCUGAAAACACAGAAAUAAAAGGUUGCUUCCCUGCAUAUCUUUUCUGCUGUGAUAAAGCUGAUGCUCAGAAAACCACGUGUCAGACAGAAUUGGCCGGCGAUGACAAAACGUGUUCUGAACAUAUUGGUUAUUCUGCACUUUAUUCAACAUUUCAUAAAUCUGCUGAAGAGAGCCACUACAUGUUUCAUCCCUGUUGGAUAUUUCUAACACCUCAACACUUGCAUAUUGUUCAAGUUGACUUUAAUGUACUGCCAGGUAAAUAUAUAGACUCCAAGGAUGCAAGGAGCAUGUUCAAGCUGAGCAGGAUUCCACUGGCCUCUGUCCUUUUGUACCCCACCAGUCGUUCUACCCAACAAGAAGGUUCAUUUUCAGAUGGGCAUGUGCUGGAGUUACUCAUUGGCUACAGAUUUGUCAAAGCAGUAUUUGUCCUACCUCAUGAGAAAUUCCAUUUUUUAAGAGUCUAUAGUCUUCUGAGGACACUUCUGCAAGACAUCAAAACUGUAAUCAUUUUCAAACAUUCAAACAAUGUAGAAUCUGUAAGAACAUCUCUCUUGGAGUCUAAGAAACAUGGCCAAACUGCAAGUUUUUGCAAGCCUCAUUUGCCAUUCUCAUCUCUGUAUCCAUCUGAAUUUCUGAUGCAGAAAAUUACUGAAGAGAACCAGAUACCUGUGCACCUUACAGUCUCUUCAUCUCUGCAGUAUGUGGCUGGGCUAAAGGGAAAGGCCAUUAUGGAAUUCUUUCACAGUAGCAUUGCCGAGGUGGAAAAUGAAGAGCUGAGGCAUCUCAUGUGGUCGUCUGUUCUGUUUUAUAAAGUUCCUGAUAUGGAAUUAACCGCUUGUGUACUACUCUCAACAAAAGCUAUCUAUUUUCUGUUGGAUGAUUCUGUGACUCAUACUAAUGAGCACCAUUUGGAUUUUUGGAACAAAAGUCUCUUGGACUAUGAAUUUACCUCUUUCCACCUCUCUUGCUGCUUAAUUCUCAAAUUAAAUGAUCUGCACUCGGUGAAUGUUGGACUUUUUGAUCAAUAUUUUCGACUUGUUGGACAUUCAGCAGAACAUAUAUUAACUUGCCUGACCAGAGACAGUUACAGUACUCAUGCCUUUAUUCAGCACCUCAUGGCAGUGCUCUCAUUACUGGCAAGGACACCAUCUCCAGAGCCAGUAGAUAAAGACUUUUAUUCUGAAUUUGGAAAGAAAAAUACAGGAAAAAUGGAGAAUUAUGAACUGAUUCAUUCUAGCAAAGUGAAGUUUAUAUAUCCCAAUGAAGAAGAAAUUGGGGACCUUGCCUUUAUAGUAGCAGAGAAGAUGAAGUGUGUUGCUAAUCUCCACUCUCUGAAUAUUCUACUCUAUGUGUUGGCAUUUCAAGUGAAUACUGCAGAAGGAACUGCUCAACCCAACAGCUCACUUCAGCCCAAGACACUUAUCUUAACCAGCUCAGAUUUGUUUCUUUUCAAUGAGGAUUACAUCAGUUACCCGUUACCAGAAUUUGCUAAGGAGCCACCAAAGACAGACAAGUAUCACCUUGCAGAUGGAAGACGGAUCCGUGAUUUGGAUCGAGUGCUCAUGGGAUACCAAACAUAUCCUCAGGCUCUCACGUUUGUGUUUGAUGAUAUUCAGAAUCAAGACCUCAUGCAGAACCUGACCCUGGAUCACUUUGGCAAUGUUCUCAGCUUUCCUAAAGGACAGACAACACAAGAGGGUGAUGGCAGUCGAGAGGUCCUGUGGUGUGUUUUUAUCCCAAGUCCAGAAAGCCGUGAGAAACUAAUCUCACUGCUUGCUAGGCAGUGGGAGAUCUUAUGUGGUCGCGAGCUGCCUUUGGAGCUCACUGGGUAGUUCUAUUUACAUUUUUAUUUUUAAAUAAAUAUUUUAGUUAUUGCAGAGCUGAGGGUGAAUCAGACUGUAGAUGAUGAAUUAAAAGCACAGUAUUGAUUGAAAUAAGUGGGGGUCAGGAUUCUCUUCACAGCACCAUAGUGUGGCAUUGAAGCUUACUUGUGCAUCACCGUUACAGUUCCCUUGUUCAGUGAAGAGUUUUUAAUAGUGUAAUGUAAUCUGCUAAAAUGUCAAACUGGAAUUUUUAAAACUCUAUUUUUAUGUAACAGUCUAUAUUCAGGAUUCCUAAUUAAGCAUCCGAGGCAACUGUAUGGAAAUAAAGGAGUCAAUACUAGACAUACUCUCAUUUAGGGCUGUUAUGUUUCCACUGUGUUUUUUGUACAUAUAUAUAUCUUGCUAUACAAACAAUAAUGUGUAAAUAACAGAAACAAAAGAUGCUUGUGCUAUGUCAAAGUGCAAUGUUCUUUGUACAAGAUGUAUUUUAUUGCCUAUGCUGCUAACAAUUAUUUAAUGACCCUUCUGAUAACUUUUACAUUUUUGUCUUUUUAAGAUGUGUCAAAUUUAAUUUUGUUUGCUAAUCAUGAAUGUAAUGGCACCUGUAAUCAAACACUGCUUCUACACCUGAUGGAUACUUUUAACAGAUGGGAAAACUUGCCAAUUUCAUUGCACCAUCACAGAUCUUUGACAAUAACUAUCCUCUUGCCAGAAAAUAAUGGUGUGUUUGUAUUUCAGAGCACUGUAAUGUUUCUCUUGCUAACUUUCUGAAUACAAAUAAACUGAAAUUUGACACAA